AAUUCUAUAAAGGAAGCCGAUAUUAUUGGAAUAGUUCAAGAUGUUAGUAAAAUACAAGGAAGGGAAUUAAUUAAAAUUACAAAUAAACUCUUAAAAACAAAUUGGCUAUAUUUUUCUGAUGUAUUCAUGAUUUCUGCUUUAAAAGGAGAUGGAGUUGAUGAUUUAAGGAAUUACUUUUUGGAUUCGGCAAAAUUAAAACCGUGGAACUAUAAUAAGUAUACAUUCACAGAUCAGUCAUUUCAAAUUAUUAUUCAACAAACCGUAAAAGCAAAUCUUUUAAAUAAUUUACCUCAAGAAAUACCAUAUUUAUUAAAUACAUUUGCUGAACAUAUUGAAAAAAACAAUGAUGGUAGUUUAAAUAUAGUUGUUAAUGUGAGUUGCCCUUCUACAAGAAUUUCACGAAUUGUAAUAGGUAAACAAGGAGAACGAAUAAAAUUAAUUGCCCAGCAAGCUGAACAAACAAUGUGUAAAAUAUUUCAAACAUCUGUAAGAUUGAAAAUUAUCGUACAU